CUCAUGGCCGGUUUGGAUUUAGGCACUGCUUCUCACUAUGUUCAUCAUCAACUUCACCUCCAAACAAAUCAAAACAUUCAAGAUGACAAUAAGGGUCACUUUUCCGGUGAUCACGACGACGACGGAGGCCACCACGGCCUCGAGCUGGUGGCCGGCAGCUCCAGCCCGGGUGACAUGGUGGCGCGUAGGCCUCGAGGCCGACCGCCCGGGUCAAAAAACAAGCCUAAACCACCAGUAAUUAUCACAAGGGAGAGUGCAAAUACCCUAAGAGCCCACAUCUUGGAGGUGGGCAAUGGCUGCGACAUCUUCGACUGCGUUGCCACGUACGCGCGGCGGCGGCAGCGGGGGAUCUGCGUGCUGAGCGGCAGUGGCACGGUCACGAAUGUCAGCCUUCGGCAGCCGGCGGCUGCUGGCUCCAUUGUGACACUGCAUGGGCGGUUUGAGAUACUGUCGCUGACCGGGUCGUUUCUGCCGCCCCCUGCUCCGCCAGGCGCGACCAGUCUGACUAUUUUCCUGGCCGGCGGGCAGGGGCAGGUGGUGGGAGGGAGUGUGGUGGGGGAGCUGAUAGCAGCCGGGCCGGUAAUCGUGAUUGCAGCCUCCUUUACCAAUGUGGCUUAUGAGAGGCUGCCGCUGGAAGAGGAGGAGGCGCUUCAGAUGCAGACCCCGGUGUCACAAGGCGGUGGCGGUGGCGGUGGCGGAGGUGUUAGUAAUAACCCAUUUCCUGAUCCAUCUUCUGGACUCCCUUUCUUCAAUUUGCCACUUGGUAUGGCUAAUGUUCAGUUGCCAGUUGAGGGUUGGGCAGGAAAUUCAGGUGUUAGGCCUCCAUUCUAACAAAAAUUUGAAUCAUAAAGGUCAGAAAUAUUAGUAUACUUACUGUGUCUUUCAUUCAUUCUGAUCAUGGUUCUCUCUCUAGAAUCACUCACUCUCUAUCUCAUCUUGUUGUUUUGGGGGAUUUUUUUUUUUUUUUGGGUUAUUUUGUAUCUUUGAUUUGUGGAAAUAGUCUUUGUGUUGAUCUUAAAACUCUCGCUUUUAUAACUAAAUUUGGUUUGAUGGAUUCACUGUGUUUAUGAUUAGAAGCUGGCAUAUAUAAUUAGUGUAGUAGUACUACUACUAACUCAUCAACAAGCUAGCUAAGCUGUUUUCUAUAUAUAUAUAUAUAUAUAUUGAGUGAAGUAGUAGUACUAAG